GUGUGAGUUGAGCUACAAAGCAAUUGGCGAGCGUUUUAGAACAUUUUUAAUUUAUAAUUCAAUUUAUUACCUUUUUGCGAUUCUGAAUUGAAAUAUCAGAAAUAUCAAAAGCGGCGAGGUGGCGGUCAAAAGGGCAAAGCUAUAAUCGUCACCAAAAUCUCACGCAUUGUGUGGAAUAUAAAAAAGGCCGGUAAACGCUGGCAGCAACAGUGACUGCGGCAGAGACAGAGGCAGAGACAGCGGCUGACGUGUACCAAACAAAACGCGCUGAAAUAGUUUAAUUCGUUACAAAUAGCAGAUCGUGAUCUCUGGGAGCAACAGACAUAAUUUGAACGCCACCGCGACGAUGAGCACCUUUCCUAGUUUCGCGGACAUUUCGGCCAAAUUCUCGGAGGCCACGCUGGACGAGAUUAUCCGGAAUGCUGGAGGCACCAAGCAUACAUCUUACAAAUUUGGACCAAGUGGCAAAAAGGGUGAUGCCUAUCUAAGUCGUGUCUUUCGGAUCACUAUUUUUGGUGUUAAGGAAUCGGCAGGCCAGGAUGAGGAGCAAUUGGAGGUCAGCGUGAUUGUAAAGGCAAUGCCCGACAAUCUUCAUCGAAGGCGUUUGUUCCGUUCGGUGAUAUUCUUCCGUAAUGAGAUUCACUUCUAUACCAAAGUUGUACCGGCUAUUGAAGCCUUCCAGAAGUCCAGGCAGCCGGCUCCUAAAAAGCCAUUCGUGGAGUAUCCACGCUGCCUGGCUAGUUUGUGCGAUGGAGUUAAUGAUUUUAUUGCUCUAGAGGAUGUGGGCCCGAGGGGCUAUAGGGCACCUGUGCGCCAAGACUACAUUUCUCUAGAGGAUGCCCUUCAGACAUUGCGUAGCUUGGGUCGUUUUCAUGGCGUGGCCUUGGCUUUCAAUGCCUUGGAUAAGGAGAACUUUGAGAAAGCGGCAGGAUCGCUUGAGGAAACCUAUUACGGUGAACAUACCCGUGAGUGGUACACCGGUUUCCUUCUGCUUGCAGAGAAUGUCGCCAAGGAUGCCAUUAAACAGAUUUAUCCGAAUAGCAAAUACGAGACAAUAGCUGGAAAUUUCCUGCAGCCGCCGCUCUUCGAUGAUCUGAUUAACCUGGUUUCCACACGCUCCAAGUUGACUGUCUUUGGACACGGCGAUUGUUGGACACCCAACUUUCUGACCAAAUACAAUGAACAAGGACAAACGGAGGAUAUUAUCAUCAUUGAUUUCCAGUUGGCCAGGUGCUCGUCGUUGGCCCUGGACCUAAGCUUCUUUGUCUACUCAUGCACUAGUCAGGAAUUAAGGGAACAGCACUACGAUAAGUUGCUGCGUGCCUACUUGGAGAGUGCCCAGGAAUUGAUACAUGAUCUGGGUGGCAAUGCAGAGGCAAUCAUCUCGUGGGAAUCAUUGCAAGAGGAGUUAAAGAACUUCGGACGUUUUGGCUGUGGAAUGGGUAUUGAAUCACUGCCGAUGACCAUGAUUGAGGAUGAUGAAGUGGCGGAUCUGGAUGGAAUUAAGGAGAACGCCAUUCUCACCGACGUCUGGAACAUCACGCCGUUCAAGGAGCCAGCCAAGCAACAGCGUUUGGCUGAUAUCUUCAAGCAUGCCAUCGACCAGGGCUACAUUAAGUAGGAAAUCGUAGAUUAUGAAGUACUCAUUGUUUUUUCUAUGAUCAAACCGAAUUCAUCAAGUAUUGGGAAGUGUUUGUUUUGUAUCCCAAAUGUAUGUACAAAAUAUAAAUCCAUAUUAUUAAAAGCAUAUUUAAAAAGCAA